AUGGCUAAUAAUGCCCGUAGGGUCUUGGAUGCUCCUAAUUUGCGAGACGACUUUUAUUGCUCGGUUCUUGCGUAUUCGCUUUGUUGUCAAACCCUGGCUAUGGGCUUGGGAAAUGUUGUGUACACUUGGUCUGACGAAGAGGGUGUCCGCUCCGUAAAUGGUUCUCAGCAAGAUAAUACUUGGCUGACAUCAAUAUCAUUUGCCGCCGGUGAAGGAAGCAAGGCUCUUUUUGCUGCUGGGAGAUCAGAUGGCACGUUUGUUGUGAUGUCGUUAUUGGAAUCAUCUCCUCGCUUUGAGAUACGGCAACAUCGCUCAAUUUCUUGUCUUAGUUGGCGCCCUUGCUGCACCUUGCGACUUUCCACCAAUCCUCGAAAUUCGAAUACACUGGUAUGUACAGAAGACCUGGUUGUCGGAGAUGAGUGCGGAGACUUGUAUUACUACUUAGUUGAGUGGCCACCAUUAUCAGACAGCACAAGAGAUGACUGCCCAGGGUCGAUAUCCCUUGUAGCUCGAAUUUCGAUACAUAGCCAGCAAAUAUGCGGCCUAGCAUGGUCACCCACGGGAGAUCUGUUUGCUUCUGGUGGCAAUGACAACAUGUGUUCCCUUUUCAAUAUCAAUGAGAUCUUGGCGCCUCAACAUCUCGGUUUACGUCAGGAAGGCCAAAACAGAUACAAUGCCUACCUUGAUGACAUAGUAGACACUUCAAUACAGGAACAGAUAACACCGGAUGAACCACAGUUAUACCUCGAUUGGGGAGAUGGGCGCGGAUUCGCUCAUCCAGACGCAACAGUAUCGGACGAAGCAACGACGAUUCCACCAGCGACUGUCCGAAGCCUUGUUUCCGGAUGUCAACGCCAGGUUUGGGCCCAUCAGGCAGCUGUCAAAGCUAUCGCAUUCUGUCCGUGGCUCGAGGGGCUUGUUGCGACAGGUGGUGGCUCAAACGACAAACGCAUUCACUUCUUUCAUACGGCUUCCGGGUCCUCACUUGCCACGAUUCCAGUCGCAGCCCAGGUCACGUCGCUGAUUUGGUCAAACACCAAGCGCGAAAUAGCUGCCACCUUUGGCUAUGCCCAUCCGGAGCACCCGUACCGCAUCGCUGUGUUCAGUUGGCCAGAUUGUUCACAAACCGCAGCCAUACCGUGGGACGAUGAUUUGCGUGCGUUGCAUGCCGUUCCUUAUCCGUGUUUUCUCAAUGGAUCCAAAGGAGCCGACGAAACUGGCGGGAGGGUGAAUGAGUGUAUUGUGGUGGCAUCCAGCGACGAAACCGUGAAAUUUCACCAAAUUUGGUCGACGGAAGGGAGCAGGGCAGUCACCAGACCUGGUAUGUACGGCGGCAGCGACAUUCUUGAAGAUUUGCAAGGCAUUAUAAAAGAGGGUGAUGUGAUACGUUGA